AAGAGGCCGGCUGAUCUCAGUGGUGAGUGCUGAAAUUGGCCCUUGAGCCUUAAGAAGCCUUAAGAGACUCGGACUUUGGGAACAGAAUGACAACACCCAGAAACUCAGUGAGUGGAACCUUCCCAACAGAGCCUGCCAAAGGCCCUCUGGCCAUGCGUCCUGCUCAAAAAGUAAACCUCAGGAGGACAUCUUCCCUGGUGGGCCCCACGCAAAGCUUCUUCAUGAGGGAAUCAAAAGCUUUGGGGGCUGUCCAGGUCAUGAAUGGUCUCCUCCAUCUUUCCCUGGGGGGACUGCUGAUGAUCCCCACAGGGGUCUUCGCACCCAUCUGUGUGAGUGUAUGGUACCCUCUCUGGGGAGGCAUUAUGUACAUUAUUUCGGGGUCACUCCUGGCGGCGGCAGCAGAACAAACCUCCAGGAAGAGUUUGGUAAAAGCAAAAGUGAUAAUGAACUCCCUGAGCCUCUUUGUUGCCAUUACUGGAAUAAUUCUUUCAGUCAUGGACAUACUUAACAUUACAAUUUCUCGUUUUUUAAAAAUGGAGAGUCUGAAUCUUAGUAAAACUCCCAAGCUGUAUGUUGAUAUCUACAACUGUGAACCAUCUAAUUCCUCAGAGAAAAUCUCUCCAUCUACCCAGUACUGUUACAGCGUGCAGUCCAUGUUCUUGGGCAUUCUGUCGGUGAUGCUGAUCUCUGCCUUCUUGCAGAAACUUGUGACAGCUGGCAUCGUGGAGAAUGAAUGGAGAAAAAUGUGCUCCAGACCCAAAUCUAAUGUGGUUCUGCUGUCAGCUGGAGAAAAAAAAGAGAAGACUAUUAAAAUGAAAGAAGAAAUCAUUGAGCUAAGUGGAGUAUCUUCCCAACCAAAGAAUGAAGAAGAAAUUGAAAUCAUUCCAGUACAAGAGGAAGAAGAAGAAACAGAAAUAAACUUUCCAGAACCUCCCCAGGAGCCAGUGGAAAAUGAGAUAUCUCCUUAA